UGGGCAGGGUUAGGGUAUAGCUCAUGUGGAAGAGACUCUGUGCUACUGACUCCGGAGGAAAGCCCUGGCCUGUCUGGGACCUGGGGUUGGAGAAGGCUAGGAGAGAGAUUCCUCAGCAGCUCAGAGAAGACCAACGGCACGUCGGUGAGAUCCCCAGAACAGUGGGCCCUCGACUGUACCUUCUCCCCUCUGAAGAUGACAGGGGCACUACUCAUGUCCUUGGUCAGCUGCCUCAUUGCCAUCAGUCAGGCCAGCCUCAUCAAUCGCUGUGACUUGGCCAGAGUGCUGCGCAAGGAGGACUUGGAUGGGUUUGAGGGCUACUCCCUGAAUGACUGGCUGUGUCUGGCUUUUGUGGAAAGCAACUUCAACAUAUCAAAGGUAAAUGAAAACGCAGAUGGCAGCUUUGACUAUGGAAUCUUCCAGAUCAACAGCCAUUACUGGUGCAACGAUUACCGGAGUCAUUCGGAAAACAUUUGCCACGAGGACUGUCAAGACCUACUGAGCCCCAAUCUUCUCUCAACCAUCAGCUGUGCAAAAAAGAUUGUGUCUGGAGCAGGGGGGAUGAAGAACUGGGUAGCGUGGAGGUUGCACUGUGCAGGCCGUCCACUCUCCUACUGGAUGACGGGAUGUUUCUUGGGAUGAGACAGGGGGCAAGGCUACUAUGGAGUCAUUCCAGAGCUCCUCUUCUCACUCGGGAAUUCUUCACUUCUUCCUCUUGUCUCCACCUCACGUUAUUUUCUUUCAUUCCCAUUUACAAAUAAAAAUGACCAGAGCUCCAGGAAUAAAUAGUUUUUUCGGGGUUCCUCCUUGUACCCAUCCGGCCUCAGGCAUCUUGUUCCUGACUGUCACUUGCAAACCCAGAGGAGCACAAUGAAGAAAUUGUUAUAUUUUGGGAAUUAUUAAAGCAUUCCUUGUGC